CGGGACACAUGAACAAUGAACAUAUUGCGCUGACAACAACCAGCGUCAAGUUACCUCGAAAUAUACCUUCUGGCCAAGCGCCAGCCAUUUGAAACAUAAUGGCGAUUCAGAAGAAGCACGGAAAAGGUCGUCUUGACAAGUGGUACAGAUUGGCCAAAGAGAAAGGUUACCGAGCCCGUGCCGCCUUCAAGUUGAUCCAGUUGAACAAGAAAUAUGGUUUCCUCGAGAAAAGUAAGGUCCUUCUGGAUCUUUGCGCUGCCCCAGGAUCAUGGUGUCAGGUAGCGGCAGAGGCCAUGCCGGCCAACAGUCUCAUCGUUGGAGUCGAUCUUUCUCCGAUCAAGCCUAUUCCUAAAGUCAUAACUUUCCAAAGCGAUAUCACUACCGAUAAGUGUCGCGCGACAAUUAGGCAACACUUGAAGACAUGGAAGGCCGAUACUGUGCUUCACGAUGGUGCGCCCAACGUUGGUACUGCUUGGGUUCAGGACUCCUUCAACCAAGCCGAACUCGCUCUUCAAUCUAUGAAAUUAGCAACAGAGUUUCUAGUCGAGGGUGGUACAUUUGUUACGAAGGUUUUCCGAUCGAAAGAAUACAACAAACUUCUCUGGGUCUUUAACCAACUAUUCACCAAAGUCGAAUCAACGAAACCUCCAUCUUCUCGAAAUGUCUCUGCCGAAAUUUUCGUCGUAUGUCGCGGUUACAAAGCUCCCAAACAUCUUGAUCCCAAGUUCCUUGACCCGCGGUCGGUAUUUGCCGAACUCGCAGAUCAGGCGCCCAACAACGAAGCCAAGGUUUAUAAGCCUGAGAUUAAGAAGCGGAAGAGAGGCGGUUAUGAAGAGGGCGACUAUACACAAUUCAAGGAAAUUCCAGCAAGUCAGUUCAUCGAAACCGUCGAUCCUAUAGCGAUACUCGGUAGUUACAACAAGCUCUCCUUUGAACAACCACGCAAUGGUGAUGUGGCGCUCGCAGCAUUGGAUAAGAUGCCAGAUACAAACGAGGAAAUCAGGAUAUGCUGUGCAGAUUUGAAGGUGUUAGGCCGGAGAGAAUUCAAGCUCUUGCUCAAAUGGCGAUUGAAGGCCCGCGAGGCUUUUGGGUUGCCGACCAAGAAGACUGCGAAAUCUGCCGAACCCGAGGAGGAGGUUGCAGAGGUUGAAUCCAUGGAUGAGGAACUAAAAAUCCAGGAAGAGUUGCAGGCACUAAAGGACAAGGAUAACUCCAAAAAGAAACGUGAACGACGAAAGGAGAAUGAGCAGAAGCAAAAGGAGAUUGUGCGAAUGCAAUUGCACAUGGUUGCCCCUAUGGACAUCGGCAUGGAACAAGAUGGUCCUGCCGGUCAUGACUCCAUGUUUGCUCUAAAGCCCAUUGAUAAGCAUGGAGCGGCCAACAAAAUCGCGAAGGGGAAGAUGGCCAUCAUAAAUGAGUCAAAGAAGGACAAAGAUAGUGGCAUCGGAUCUUCAGGUGACACAGAUGAGGAGGACGAAGAAGAAGAUCGUCUUGAACGAGAACUUGAUGGCAUGUAUGAUCAAUACAGGGAACGAAAAGCAGCAUCGGAUGCAAAAUACCGGGCAAAGAGAGCUAGGAAGGAACACGAUGAUGGCGAGUGGGAAGGAGUAUCAGGAGACGAGCAGCAGUCUAGCGACGAGGAAGGAUUAGAUGUGGAUGAGGAUAGUAACGAUGACUCUGAUGAAGAUGAGGCCCCGUCAAAACCUCUCCUUACUGAUCUCGAUAACCAACCUGCAGCGUCUGGGGGUCUAUCAAAACGAGCCACCAAUUUCUUCAGCCAGGACAUAUUCAAAGAUAUAUCAGGUAUUCUUGAUGAACCAGAAGCCGACGAAAUGGACGUCGAUGAGGAUGGAGAUUCUGACGUAGAAAUAAUCACCACGAAAAAAGAAACAAAGGCUAAAAAGGAAAAGGUCAAGACACCUAAGGGUGGUGUUCCCUCUGAAUCUGAAGAUGGGGAUCAAGGCGGCUUUGAGGUAGUUAAGCAGGAUGAAGAGGAUGAUUGGGAAAAUGAAGACAAACGUCGAGCGGACGGAAGACUGGAUAUCGACAUCAUCACCGCCGAAGCCAUGACCCUUGCGCACCAGUUGGCAACAGGCCAAAAGACAAACUACGACGUUGUCGACGACGGCUUCAACAAGCGUGCCUUCCGAGACCGCGACGGGCUACCGGACUGGUUCAUCGACGACGAAUCCCGCCACGACAAGCCCCAAAAGCCGAUCACCAAAGCCGCAGCCGCAGCGAUCAAAGAGAAGACGCGCGCCCUCAACGCCCGUCCCAUCAAGAAAGUCCGCGAGGCCAAAGCCCGCAAGAAGUUCAAGGCCGCCCAGCGCCUCGAGAAGCUAAAGAAGAAGUCCGACCUCCUGGCCAACGAAGAGGGUCUGACGGAGAAGGAGAAGGCGGACAGCAUAUCGAGACUCAUAUCCAAGGCCGCGAAGAAGAAGCCGAGCCAGCCGGCGAAACUCGUCGUCGCGAGGGGUCUGAAUAGGGGUAUCAAGGGACGUCCGAAGGGCGUUAAGGGUAGGUAUAAGAUUGUGGAUCCGAGGAUGAAGAAGGAGCUUAGGGCGCAGAAGAGGAUUGCGAAGCGGAAGUAGGGUAUUCAUCUACAUGCAUGGGUAUCUAGAAAAUGGGAAAAUGGGGGAGGGUUGUGGGAAAAGAAAAGACUUGUCUAUGUAUUGACGCUAGUUUGGUGUAGAUAGACUUUGGAAUACGAUAUACCCUCGUCGUAAGAA